GGUGGAGCAAAAUCAAGCGGAGCGUGAAAUCAAUUAUUCUUGAUCAUUACUCCGCCCUCAUCGGAGUACUAAGCUCCUCAUGCCGACUAACGACUUGAAAUUACCUGUUGAGCUGUGGCUCCUCGUUUUCUCUUUCGGCAAAUUUUCCUCUAAUGACCUAGCUGUACUCUGCAGAGUGUGCGCCGGCCUCUAUCACGCAGUAGUUGACCCUCUGUAUGAGUCCAUCACGGUCGACAACUCGGACGUGUGUACCACGCUCGCAGAGUGUCCCCAUCUCGCAGAGAAAGUCAAAUCUUUCGUAUUUACAUAUCCGACAACCAUGGUCUACGACGGUCCUGAGGUGCACCUAGAUAAUCUCACGUCGGCCCCCAAAAAUAUGACCUGCCUCUCAACACUCAAGCUUAUCCAUUCCCAGAAGCAUGGAUACUCGUCCGUUCUUCAGUAUUGUGAUGCCGAGCUUCAUGUUUUUCAUUGCACCUAUCAUGUCAACCGCCACCUCCUAAACUUUUUGAAUAGGCAGGAUAGCGUCCGUGAUCUUGCUCUCACUGGCAUGCCCACAAUCGAUAUCUAUCCCGAACGCGAGGAGAUGUUUCUUCCCACGUCUCUGCCACUUCUAACAGAAAUAUCUGCCAACUCUUGUUUUUUAAAAGCCCUUGUACCUGGACGCCCAGUUCACACUGUGCGUUUCAAAGGCCAACAUGUACACCGCAGUGGGACGCGGCUCAGCGACUUCAUCGACCCCUCCACAGUACCUGUCAAAAAUUUGGGACUUGAUUUCAUGAUGCGGCGGCCGGCAGAUAUGUGCCGCACACCACUUUCCAAGGACAUUGAGGAAAUUACGCUGACAGGUCUGGUUACUGAGCGCCUAUUCACAUGGCCUCGGAACUUCGGAGUCCCUUUCUGGGGGCAUUUUGAUCGCAUGAUAGCGAACGCACGGAAUUUAAAAAGGCUAACGUUCUGGUUCGAGGAACAACGCGAAAACGCUCGUUCAUGGGCUCAACUUAUCUUCCUGGUGUUCCAGGAUACACUAUCACGUUUGGAGCACGUCUCAUGCGUAUUUGCUGGACCAGACAUUUCAACGUCAUUCGACUUUUCGUCGGAUGAUUACCUCCCGAUCUCGCAUGAGGUCCAGGACGAUAGAACCCGUGGCCAUAGGGCCGCGAAUGACGUGAGGGAGCUGAUGCCGGUCCAGGUCCUUUCAACUUUGUUGCAGGAGUGAGGAAAACCUUUGCGAUGUAAAUUGUGAAUUCAACGUCACAUUCAUUUAAUUUUUGUGCUCUCCGUGCCACAGCGGCAUUAGUGGCAGGAAUUUUUUGAAUCCUAUUUAUUGUCUUUGGGCAACGCCCGAUGUAGAUUAUAUUUCUGUGUAAUUGAUGGUGACAUUGGUGUAAUUAUGACCAUCAGUGGCAGCAUUAGGCCGUUACUAGGUGCAAUCGUACUUCCAGCUGCCAAGACUGUCAGCCGCUCAACCGUUACUACUGAAAGCUCGUGUUUCAGUAUCGCGGACAGUAUUUUGGGAAUUCUAGUAAGCCAACGUGCUUCCGAUGAGGACAUUCAAAGAAAAAAUGGCUGGUUCGGCCUUCAUCUUAUGCUCGAGGAGUCAGAUUGGAGCGGAUGUGGCGAUCUAGGCGGUGUCACUGUCAAAGGACGGUCUCCCGUAU